GGAAGCUGCCCAAGCUGGGAUUUGAUCUUCUGAACUUUCCAUAAGGACUCUUUCUUGCCAGGCACCAGAACAAGUUCAUGAUGGAAAACAAUGAAAAAAAUCAUUACAUAUGGGUGUGAUGUUGAGACGUGACACUAAAGAACUGGGCUAUUUGUAUCUUCAGCUAUGUCCUCUAAAUACCCACAUUCUCCAUGUACUGCCUCAGCAGGAAAAGAAAAUCCUGACCUUGGGCAGGUUUCUGAUGUGGACCAGCAGGUGUGGAUCUUUCGCGAUCAGGCCCUUGUGACAGUUCCACGAAGCCACACUGUAACUCCAGUCACUGUGACUGUCCUCCCAUGCAAGUACCCAGAGUCUCUUGAGCAGGGCAAAGGGACUCCCAUUUAUUUGGGAAUUCAAAAUCCAGAUAAAUGCCUGUUUUGUAAGGAAGUUAAUGGACACCCCACUUUGCUCCUGAAGGAAGAGAAGAUUUUGAAUUUGUACCACCAUCCUGAGCCAAUGAAGCCAUUCCUGUUUUACCACACCCUGACAGGUGCAACGUCCACCUUUGAAUCAGUGGUUUUCCCUGGCAGCUUUAUUGCCUCCUCCAAGAUUGGCAAACCCAUCUUCCUCACAUCAAAAAAGGGAGAACAUUACAACAUUCACUUCAGUUUAGAUAUAAUUUAGAUAUAAAGUCUUGAACUCAGAGUGGAGGUGGAGGGUUGGUUAGAACUCUUAUAACUUCAAACCUCUAAUAUGCUAUCAUUUCUUUGAUGUGUGGUGGUUUCAUACUGAGAAGUGAGCAAGACCAACAUUAUCUCAUUUCAUAGAUGAAGAAGCAACAAAACAGAAUGUGUACUCCAAAGUAGGUUGGAUGGGAGUGGUAUAAGGCUGUCCUCUAAGGCUGAAGUGGUCCAACCCAUAAGGCAUCAUGCCUUUCUCAGGUGCUAUUAUAGGGUGCUGUGACACAAUAUAUAAAAACUAGAAUGCCCCAUGUGUGAGUGGCAACAUCCUCACUUCCAGUCAUUGGCCUGAUUCAUACCAGGUUUUCACACACUUGUAAUACCAAUUCCUUGCAUUUGGAUAGCAGGAGCCUCACAAUGACAUUUGCUGCCAACAGCUGAUAGCUUUGAUCCUUCAGCAACUGACUGCUACGUGGAUCUGAAGACGCCAGAAAAGGAAUUGGAAUCCUAAGUGAACAAACAGUUUUUAAAAUGUCUAGAACUAUUUAAACUAUGUUAGAAUACAGUGGUUUAUCCUUGAAAGGUAAGGAUACUGCCUGGUAAAUCAAAAACAGUUAGGUCAAUAAACUCAGCUUGAACAAUUCUUUCCUGGAAACAAUGUGUGCGAGUAAUGAUUAAAACAUUACCUUUUAUUAUUCUAGACUUCCAUAAA